AUGGAUAUCCCAAAGAACGCGAAACAGCAAGUCGCGGGAAAUCAAGCCCCCGAAACAAAAAAAAAACAGACCUACGCCGAGUGGGCGAAAAUGACAUACAACGAUCAAUAUGAGAAAUGGAUGCCCUGGAUAGAGGAUCAAUACCUCAGAUGGUUUGGCAAAGGCGACAACAAGGCUUCAUAUGCCACCAAAGAUUCCCUCUCUAAGAUGAAAAUCACCGGGAUAGACCAGGUGGACCAGAUCCAAGAUGAUAUCCACGGUCUGACCGGAAAUCAAAUCAGCGAUAAGGGAAUUUUGAAACCUGUGGGACAAUUCGCCUCGAAGGAGGGAAUCAACAGGGCUGAACGAAAGGGCAGAGAUGAAACAGGGUCAUACGGAGGCCCAGCGGAAGAAUAUAUUGCGGCUGGCAGUCAAGGCACGAGUCGUAUAGGGUCUAAAGCCACAGAAGGUGUCGAGUCUGCGCAGGGUUUCGUUACGGGCACCCUGCGAGGUACCAAGGGCUUUCUAGCAGGAGAGAGCGGGAAAUAA